UUGAUUUGUCACCUGAUAGAUGGAUGUUUGCAAGCCGAAAAUUUGUCACCAUUGCGAAUCCCGUUGGGAUAUUUGGAAUCUACUUAUCGUCAUGACUUUGACAGAGUUAUGGAUAAUUCUUUUGUGAUUACGACUAAUGAACCGAGAUUGAAAGAUACUCGGCAAUUUCAAAUUCUGUAAAGAAUCAGCAAACAUACGAGAAUGCAUUCUCCCGAGGCUUCCGAGCCUACCUCACCGUCCGAAGGCAGCCACGGUUAUAGUAUUGACGAGAAAUCAGCCAAUGCUUUCAGUACUCUAGAAGUGGUCCCUCCGAGCAAUCUUGAACACUAUAGAAGAGUGUCGGAGGUUCGGAGGUCAUUCUAUCCUAAUUGGAUGUCUUCGGGACAUGGUUCAAAUAGCGAAACCAUCCAUCCCACGACAGGUUCAGGAUCCGAGGCCCCGACCGCUACGGCCAAUGAGAAUAAAAGAGCGCCGACCCGAAUAACAAUAUGUGGCAUGCCGCAGAGAGCUUUUUGGAUUGUAUUUGGAGUCAUAGCCAGUCUUCUGGCCGUUGGUAUCAUUGUCGGGGGUGCUGUUGGCGGAACUCAUAAAGCAGCAGUAGUGGUGCCUACAGUAACAGCAGUCGUUACGGUCACAUACACGCAGACAAAAACCACAUCCGCACAGUCCGAGACGUUUGCAGCGGCUGUUGCAACUACUACGGUUUGUGUCAGAGGUAUAGGGCAAGGAAAUUAUGUCGGGUUGUGUAACUUUGCUUGCAGUUAUGGAUACUGUCCUCCCGGGCCUUGCACGUGUACUUCAUCAGGUACCCCGGUCCCAACGCCUCCGACCUAUGGUAUCAAUGGCAUACCUCUUUCGAGUGAGGAUGAUUCGUACUUGGGGCUCUGCAGUUUCUGCUGUAACCAUGGUUAUUGCCCUUCAAGCGCAUGUACCACUUCUUCAUGAUAUACCCAGCUCGACUUUAUGAGAUUCCUUAAAACGCCUUGGAAUUUGUUGUAUAUACGCUAUUUAUAAAA